AUGGCACGCCGCCAACAUCUGACCUUGACGGUCGUCCUGGUCUUCGUGGGCUUCCUCACCUUCACAUGGUUCAUGUCCUCCGGCAGUCAGUCUGCCGCCGACAACUAUGCCGCUGCGAACUUCCCAAAAGACUCGACAGAAAGCUUGAAGCAGCAGCAGAACUCGGGCUGGUCGCCCGGGCAGGUGGACUUUGGCCUCGGGGACAACAUCUUGUCGGGUGGCGCCAUUGCGCCGAGACUGGGCAACGAGACGGCCAAGCGCGAGCUCGGUCACGCCACGUGGAAGUUCCUGCACACGAUGAUGGCGCGCUUCCCCGAGAAGCCGACGCCCGAGGACCAGGUCGCGCUGAAGACCUUCAUCACCCUCUUCUCGCGCCUGUACCCGUGCGGCGAGUGCGCGGGGCACUUCCAGAAGCUGAUCGCAAAGUACCCACCGCAAGUGUCGAGCCGAAAUGCCGCCGCCGGCUGGCUGUGCUUCGCCCACAAUAUCGUCAACGAGAGGCUCAAGAAGCCCAUCUUCGACUGCAACAAGAUCGGUGACUUCUACGACUGCGGCUGUGCCGACGACCCGGGCAAGGCGCCCGAGGGUGAGGCGAAGAAGGUCGGUGCCGCUGAGGCGGAGCUCAAGGAGAGGGAGGCGGCGCCGGAGCCCGAGGUACAUGUUGCUGCGUAG